AUGGUUAGAUCGUGGGUUGCAGCCCUGUUGCUUGGAUUGGCGGUUUCUUCUGCUGCUAGGAUCCCUGAUUUAAACUCAGGCAAAUCCCAUCGGUCCCUCAGAAGAAGGGCACCUGGCCUAGACCUUGUGACGGACAAUGUCGUGCCCCUGAAGCCAGUACACAGCGUGCUGCGUCACCAAAAGCGCCUCCACCGUCGCCAAUCCACUAGCAAUGGAGGCCUCACGGCAAUCAACAACCCUAGUCAAGCCAAUUAUGUUGCUCAGGUUGGAUGGGGUAAUGAAACAUAUAGCAUGAUAUUGGAUACCGGAUCGAGUGAUACCUGGAUCCUUGAGGAAGGGUUUCAGUGCCUUGAUAGCACCGGAGCUCCCACCAUUCAAAGCAACUGCCAAGUUGGACCUCAGUUUAGCGGAGAUUUCACCGGGGGUCAGAUUGAGAAUGUGAAUUUCAACAUCAGCUAUGGUACAGGAAUUCUGGCUGGCAAAUUCGGCUGGGAAGACAUCACCAUUGCCAAUAUCACAGUCAAGGACGCCCAGGUGGCAGUUGUCGAUCAAGCAUACUUCAAUUUUGAUGUCAGCGGCUUGUUCGGGUUGGCUUUCGCGUCUCUGACCAGCGAAUUCCCCGGCAACGACCCGACCAAGAAUAUCAAGACUCACUAUAUGACCUACGAGCCUGUCUUCUAUAAAAUGGUUGACCAGCACUUGAGCCUGCCUACCUUCAGCUUUGCUCCUGAUCGGGAUGGGCCUAAUGGAUACUUUGCCGUUGGCGGCAUUCCUCCUGUCAACACGACGGGGAAAACUGCCUCUGCGUCAAUCCUUACCAGCAAGGAAACCCACUCAAAGCCCUCCAUCAAUCGACCCGACUACUAUUACAUCAACAUCGACGGCGCUAUCAUUGGAAGAUCCAAUUCCACAUCGUCCAACUCCACCUCGUUUCCCCCCUUCGUUGGUUUCGUGGAUACCGCUACCACCCUCACCUUGCUACCUACCGCCCUUGCCACUGCUAUUGCCGGCGCCUUCAAACCCCCUGCUACCUAUGUCGCGGCUGCCAACCUCUAUGAAGUUCCCUGCAAUGCCACAGCGCCCAAACUCGCAAUCACUAUCAGCGGUGUGAAUUUUCCUGUUAGUCCCGCGGACCUGAUCCUGCAGCCUCAAGUUGAUGGGUCUACGGGACUCUGUGCAGUCGGAUUCCAGGAUGGUGGGGGCGAAUAUAUCCUUGGUGCAACGUUCUUGAACAACGUGCUUUCGACCUUUGAUUUGGGUGCGCUUGAGGUGAGAUUUACUGCUCUUACCCAGAAGCUAUAA